CAUCCCACACCCUGCCUGCAUUGAGGAUCUGCCAGUUUAAGAAGUUUCCUGUUACAAGGUUGCCAAGGGCCUUCCUUACUGCUGACAACUACGCAGGAACCCACAGCAACAAUGUCUACUCCUGGGUCUCACCAAUCCUUGUACAACCAGUUCUCUGGUCUCAUGAAGACCUCCCCCACCCCUACCCACAUGAAGGCCAAGAUCCCAAACGUCCGUCGCAUGCGCCGGAUCAUCUCUGAGGACUCGGAGUGGACACUUGCCAUUGUACCUCUCCUUACAGAGCUCUGCAUUCAACACAUUGUCAAGAACUUCCAAUACAACCCUAUCCUGAAGGAGCUGCUCCCAGAGCACCAACAGAAGGUCUUGAGCCGGCUGCCCCCUGACCUGCCUCUGACGGUGACUGCCAACUUGAUCGAGGACGAGAACUAUUGGCACCGAUGCUGCAUCAAGCGCUGGCCCGUGUGCCACGUGGCCCGGCACGGCGGCAGCUGGAAGCGAAUGUUCUUUGAGAGGCACCUGGAGAACCUGCUGAAGCUCUUUAUCCCAGGUACCACGGACCCCAAUGUGAUCCUGGACCUGCUGCCCCUUUGCCAGAACUAUGUGCGGCGCAUCCAGGUGGACCAGUUCCUCCCACCUGUGCGGCUGCCGACCCCACCCCAGAACGAGGAACAGUCCGACUCCGGCAGUGAGGGUGAGGGGAGCGAGCCUGAGAAGGACCACUACCAGCUGGAGGCUCUGGUGGCUGGUCUCAAGCACUUGGAGGAGCUUGACCUGGUCUACGGCGUCAAAGACUGUGGCAUGAAUUUCCAGUGGAACCUCUUCCUCUUCACCUUUCGAGACUGCCACUCUCUGGCAGCCACCAUCAAAGCUUGCCACACCCUCAAGAUCUUCAGGCUGACCCGAAGUAAGGUGGAUGACGACAAGGCCCGCAUCCUGAUCCGCAGCCUGCUGGACCACCCAGCCCUUGAGGAGCUGGACAUGUCUCACAACCUCAUUGGAGACCGUGGAGCGCGGGCGGCAGCCAAGCUACUGAGCCACAGUCGCCUGAGGGUGCUCAACCUGGCCAACAAUCAAGUACGGGCGCCCGGCGCACAGUCACUGGCUCACGCGCUGGCACACAACACCAGCCUUGUCUCCCUCAACCUCCGCCUCAACUGCAUCGAGGACGAGGGCGGCCAGGCGAUCGCCCACGUCCUGGAGACCAACAAGUGCCUCACCGUGCUGAACCUCGGCGGCAAUGAGCUGUCCGAGCCCACAGCCACGCUACUCUCCCAGGUGCUCCCCAUCAACAGCACGCUCAUCAGCCUCAACCUAUCCUGCAAUCACAUCGGGCUGGACGGUGGAAAGCAGCUCCUGGAAGGCAUGUCAGAAAACAAGACCAUUCUGGAGUUUGACUUGCGUCUGUCAGAUAUAUCCCAGGAGAGUGAGUACCUCAUUGGCCAGCUUCUGCAUGCCAACCGAGAGGCCGCCCGCCAGCGGACCCUGAAUCCUGGCCACUUCAUGUCACCCAUCACUAACAACUGUCCGGAGACUUGUGUAGACUAAAAUGGGGCACAGG